UUAUAAUGUCUCUCACAAAGCACGCCAGCUCUGUUAAUCAACCCAGCUGUGCUUUUUUGUGAAUAUGAACGAAAACACCCGUAUUGGUCUCUGCAGCGAUCGAGGUUGCCUUCUCUGCCACAAAUCCUGUGACACCGCCCUGAACACGCUGCCCGCAACGCCGGACCAAGUCGAGAGACAUCCCAACCCCACUAAAAGGGCAUCACAUCUUCGAGAUUCAUGGCCAUCGGGGCGACGACGGCGACGACUGCAAGUUCCUUGUCCAAUGGGUUAGGUACCCGAAGGGCAAGGCUACAUGAGGGGAAUGUUACCUAUCAGGGUAAGUAAAGAGAAUUGAGAAUGAAAGAUGAGACCCAGCAAACACUGUACCUUCACAUGUAUGAAGAGCGUCAAGAACAUGUAUCUCGAGGCACAAGAUCAUCACACAGCUUGACAAGUGAAAGCCUGUACUGGAAAACUUCAUGGAACGAUGAUACAAGAGCCGCUCAGGACGCGAUUACAUGCGCGAAUUCAUCAAGCGCUCUCGCAAAACCACACCGGCCGCCAACAACACCUCUACGACUACUCACACUGCAAACACCACCACCCGCCUCACCCCUGACGCUACCAUUACUCCUGUCGCCACUACUACUGAGGCUGGGUCUCCCAUCGCCUCCACUACUGAGAUCCCAACUCAAUCAGCAGUUUAUUUAUAUACACGCUAAACAGACCAAACUGGUCACAGGAGUCUGCUGGCACCGCAAGAUAGCCCAAGCGUUCGAUGCUGUGGGCAUACACGAACUUGACUGGAGAGUCUUUAACCGGAAUCCUUCGACCAAGAAAAAAUCUUCAGAGAAGUGCGUUAGCUCCGAUACCCAAACGAGUCAACGUGGAGAGCUUUCUGGGUUCAUACACGGCCACGUGUUUUCUACGAUCGCACUUAUCCUCUUGAAGGGAUCUAGGAGAACCAGGCUUUUUCAACACCUGCAUCUGACACAAAUGAUUCAUAGAAAGGAGCACAAGAUCGAGCUCAAAUCAAGGACAUACCUUCCAUCAACAUCAUCACUUGACCCCUAUCGUUUGAUACGAUGUACGAUCUACUAAAUAUUCAGAUACUUUGUAUAUAAGAGCACCAGUGAUCAGACCAACUGAAAGAGGCAACCCAUCCUCUCACACACGGUUGAUGAGGAAAAGCACACCGUCUCCUUCCGGGUCAAGA